AUCCCCCGCAGCACAGGGCGCCCGGCGCGCCUCGGAGCGCACGUUCCGCGCCUUCUCCUGCCGGCUCCCUGGACAUUAUGCGGCCGAGCAGCCGAGCCCCAGUCCUCCUCCUCCUCCGGCUCCUCCUGCGGCCCGAGCGGCUCAGCUCUCGGCAGGCGGCGGCGUUGCUCAGCCGAGCGCAGACGGGACCCUCGCGGCGAGACCUCAGCGACUCCUGAAGUCAAAAGUUGGCGGCGGGCGCCGGGCUCCGCGCGCUCACCGCGGCCGCUGCCUCGCGUCGCCGCCGCAGCCAAGCAGGGCAGGAGGGAGGGGGGGGGUGGGAGCCACGGGGGAGGGGUGGGGAGCACCAUGCAGUUUGUAUCCUGGGCCACACUGCUAACGUUCCUGGUGCGGGACCUGGCCGAGAUGGGGAGCCCAGACGCCGCGGCGGCCGUGCGCAAGGACAGGCUGCACCCGAGGCAAGUGAAAUUAUUAGAGACCCUGAGCGAAUACGAAAUCGCGUCUCCCAUCCGAGUGAACGCUCUCGGAGAACCCUUUUCCACGAACGUGCACUUCAAAAGAAGGCGACGGAGCAUUAACGCUGCCUCUGACCCCUGGCCUGCCUUCGCUUCCUCUACCUCUUCCCAGGAGCAUUACCGCCUCUCUGCCUUUGGCCAGCAAUUUCUAUUUAAUCUCACUGCCCAUGCCGGAUUUAUCGCUCCAAGGUUCACUGUCACCCUCCUCGGGACGCCCGGGGAGAAUGAGACAAAAUUUUAUUCCGAGGAGGAAGCGGAACUCAAGCAUUGCUUCUACAAAGGCCAUGUCAAUACCAAGUCCGAGCACACGGCGGUCAUCAGUCUCUGCUCAGGAAUGCUGGGCACAUUCCGGUCCCACGAUGGGGAUUAUUUUAUUGAACCACUACUGUCCAUUGACGAGCAAGUGGAUGCAGAGGAACAGAACAAACCGCACAUCGUCUAUCGGCACAGCACCCUGCACAGAGGGCCCUCAAUGGGAAGGCAUGCGUGUGACACCUCAGAACACAAAAAUAGUCACAGCAAAGACAAGAGGAAAAUGAGAACAAGAAGAUGGGGAGAGAGGCGUAGCCUGGCUGAUGACGUGGCGAUAUUAAAAAGCAGCUUAGCAACAAAGGCGCUUUCUGCCUAUGCCAACAAGACGGACAGCACCAGGGAUAAGAGGACCCACAGAAGAACAAAACGUUUUUUAUCCUACCCACGGUUUGUAGAAGUGAUGGUGGUGGCGGACUACAAAAUGGUUGUAUACCACGGAACAAACCUUCAACACUAUAUUUUAACUCUAAUGUCAAUUGUAGCCUCUAUCUAUAAAGACCCAAGUAUUGGAAAUUUAAUUAAUAUUGUUAUUGUGAACUUAGUUGUGAUUCAUAAUGAACAGGAAGGACCUUCCAUUUCUUUUAAUGCCCAGACAACUUUAAAAAAUUUUUGCCAGUGGCAACACUCGAAGAAUUCUCCAGGUGGAAUCCAGCACGAUACUGCUGUUCUUGUAACGAGACAGGAUAUCUGCAGAGCUCAUGACAAAUGUGACACCUUAGGUCUUGCUGAGCUGGGUACCAUCUGUGAUCCCUACAGAAGCUGUUCUAUUAGUGAAGACAGCGGAUUGAGUACGGCUUUCACCAUAGCCCAUGAGCUGGGCCAUGUGUUUAACAUGCCUCAUGAUGACAACAACAAGUGCAAGGAGGAAGGAGUUAAGAGUCCCCAGCACGUCAUGGCUCCGACGUUGAACUUCUACACCAACCCCUGGAUGUGGUCAAAAUGUAGUCGAAAAUAUAUCACUGAGUUUUUAGACACUGGUUACGGCGAGUGUUUGCUGAAUGAACCUGAAUCCAGACCCUACCCUUUGCCUCCCCAACUGCCAGGCCUCCUCUACAACGUGAAUAAACAAUGUGAACUGAUUUUUGGACCAGGUUCUCAGGUGUGCCCAUAUAUGAUGCAGUGUAGACGACUCUGGUGCAAUAAUGUGGAUGGAGUAUGUCGGACUCAGCACACGCCCUGGGCAGAUGGGACCGAGUGUGAGCCCGGAAAGCACUGCAAGUUUGGAUUUUGUGUCCCCAAAGAAAUGGAGGCCCCCGUGACUGAUGGAUCCUGGGGAAGUUGGAGUCACUUUGGAACCUGCUCAAGAACGUGUGGAGGGGGCAUCAAAACUGCUGUUCGUGAGUGUAACAGACCGGAGCCGAGAAACGGUGGGAAGUACUGUGUAGGGCGUAGAAUGAAGUUCAAGUCCUGCAACACAGAGCCGUGUCUCAAGCAGAAGCGAGAUUUCCGAGACGAACAGUGUGCUCACUUUGACGGCAAACAUUUCAACAUCAACGGUCUGCUUCCCAAUGUGCGCUGGGUCCCCAAGUACAGUGGCAUUCUGAUGAAGGACCGUUGCAAGUUGUUCUGCAGGGUGGCUGGUAACACGGCCUACUAUCAACUGCGAGACAGGGUGGUCGAUGGGACUCCGUGCGGCCAGGACACCAGCGAUAUCUGUGUCCAAGGCCUCUGCCGGCAAGCUGGAUGUGAUCACAUUUUAAAUUCCAAAGCCCGGAGAGAUAAAUGUGGAGUUUGUGGUGGCGAUAAUUCUUCGUGCAAAACAGUGGCAGGAACAUUUAAUACAGUACAUUAUGGUUACAAUACUGUGGUCCGAAUUCCAGCAGGUGCUACCAAUAUCGAUGUGAGACAGCACAGUUUCUCAGGGAAAUCAGAGGAUGAUAACUACUUAGCUUUAUCAAGCAGUAAAGGUGAAUUCUUGCUAAAUGGAGACUUCGUUGUCACAAUGUCCAAAAGGGAAAUCCGCGUUGGGAACGCUGUGAUAGAGUAUAGCGGGUCCGACAAUGUAGUGGAAAGGAUUAACUCCACAGACCGCAUUGAACAGGAACUUUUGCUUCAGGUGUUGUCGGUGGGAAAGUUAUACAACCCUGAUGUGCGCUAUUCUUUCAAUAUUCCAAUUGAAGACAAACCCCAGCAGUUUUACUGGAAUAGUCAUGGGCCCUGGCAAGCAUGCAGCAAACCCUGCCAAGGGGAGCGGAAGCGAAAACCUGUUUGCACCCGGGAAUCUGAUCAGCUUACGGUGUCUGAUCAAAGAUGUGACCGGCUGCCCCAGCCAGCGCCCAUUACCGAACCUUGUGGCACAGACUGCGACCUGAGGUGGCACGUGGCCAGCAGGAGUGAAUGUAGUGCCCAGUGUGGCUUGGGUUACCGCACAUUAGACAUCUACUGUGCCAAAUACAGCAGGCUAGAUGGGAAGACUGAGAAGGUUGAUGACAGUUUUUGCAGCGGUCACCCCAAACCAAGCAACCGGGAAAAAUGCUCAGGAGAAUGUAACACGGGUGGCUGGCGCUAUUCUGCCUGGACUGAAUGUUCAAAAAGCUGUGAUGGUGGAAGCCAGAGGAGAAGGGCUAUUUGUGUCAACACCCGCAAUGAUGUCCUGGAUGACAGCAAAUGCACACAUCAAGAGAAAGUCACCUUUCAGAGAUGCAAUGAGUUCCCUUGUCCACAGUGGAAAACAGCAGACUGGUCAGAGUGCCUGGUCACCUGCGGAAAAGGGCAUAAGCAUCGCCAGGUCUGGUGUCAGUUUGGUGAAGAUCGAUUAAACGAUAGAAUCUGUGACCCUGCGAGCAAGCCAGCCUCCAUGCAGACUUGUCAGCAGCCAGAAUGUGCGUCCUGGCAGGCGGGUCCCUGGGGACAGUGCAGUGUCACUUGUGGACAAGGAUACCAGCUAAGAGCAGUGAAAUGCAUCCUUGGGACUUAUAUGUCCGUGGUAGAUGACAAUGACUGCAAUGCAGCAACUAGACCCACUGAUACCCAGGACUGCGAAUUACCAUCUUGUCACCCUCCCCCAGCUGUCCCGGAAGCAAGGAGAAGCACACACAGUGCCCCAAGAACCCAGUGGCGAUUUGGGUCUUGGACACCAUGCUCAGCCACCUGUGGAAAAGGUACUCGGAUGAGAUAUGUCAGCUGCCGGGAUGAGGAUGGCUCUGUGGCUGACGAGAGCGCCUGUGUAACCCUGCCCAGACCAGUGGCAAAGGAAGAAUGUUCUGUGACCCCCUGUGGGCAGUGGAAGGCUUUGGACUGGAGCCCUUGCUCCGUGACGUGUGGGCAAGGCAGGGCCACCCGGCAAAUGGUAUGUGUCAACUACAAUGACCACGUGAUUGAUCAGAGUGAGUGUGACCCAGAUUACAUCCCAGAAACCGACCAGGACUGUUCCAUGUCACCGUGCCCUCAGCGGACCCCAGAGAGUGGUCUCGCUCAGCACCCCUUCCAAAGUGAGGAUUACCGCCCCCGGAGCGCCGGCCCCAGCCGCACCCAUGUGCUUGGUGGAAACCAGUGGAGGACUGGCCCCUGGGGAGCAUGUUCCAGUAGCUGUGCUGGUGGGUCCCAGAGGCGUGUGGUUGUGUGUCAGGAUGAAAACGGAUACACCGCAAAUGACUGCAUGGAGAGAAUAAAACCCGAUGAGCAAAGAGCCUGUGAAUCUGGCCCUUGUCCUCAAUGGGCUUACGGCAACUGGGGAGAGUGCACUAAGCUAUGUGGUGGAGGCUUGCGGACAAGACUGGUGGUCUGUCAGCGGCCCAGCGGUGAACGGUUUCCGGAUUUGAGCUGUGAAAUCCUUGAUAAGCCUCCCGAUCGUGAGCAGUGUAACACACAUGCUUGUCCUCAAGACGCUGCAUGGAAUACUGGCCCUUGGAGUUCGUGCUCUGUGUCCUGCGGCCAAGGCACACGGCGGAGAAGUGUGGGCUGUCAGAUGGGAGCACACAGAAUAGCCAGAGAGUCCGAGUGCAACCCGUACACCAGACCGGAGUCGGAGCGUGUCUGCCAAGCCCCGCCGUGUCCUCUCUAUGCGUGGAGGGCCGAGGAAUGGCAAGAAGUGAAAACAUGA